AUGGAGAGGAAACGAAACUCCUGCACGAGCUCGCUCAUACAGCAGGCUUUGAGAGCGAUUGACAACUAUACAGCCGCAAUGAAGCACGUACAAUUUGCCCUGAGCAUGGGGUCCUGUCAGAAUAGCGUACGGGAGGACGGAGUAAAAGAAAUUCUCCAAGAAAAUUUCAUUGUGCCGUUGAGGUUCCCAAAUCUGUUCAAAGGAAAGACCCUCAUAGGUUCAAGUUCCUCGUCGUCUCUCCGGACGUUAAAAGGCAUUUUUGAGCUAGCUCGACAGCUCAGCCCCGCGAUCAUCUUCUUUGACGAGAUAGAUUCGCUUCUGCUGAACCAGGUUCCUCUGCCCGAUGCGAAGACAAGACAGAGCAUUGUGCAGCAUUACCUCAAGGAGAUUGACACCGAGCUUACCGAUGCCGAGCUAAGCUAUCUAUCGGAGGAAACAGAGGGCUUCAGUGGUUCCGACCUGCGGACCAUAUGCAGAGCAGCAGCGAUGCGGCCAGUCAGGGAAGCCGUCGCAAAAGUGGGCCAGCACAACAGUGACGAGAAGCUCACGAGCCUUCGAAGCACCUCCAUCACUGACUUUCAGGAGGUCCUCUUUACGUUCAAGCCUGCUUCCGCUGCGACCAAGGUGUCGGAAGAGGCCACCAUGGCCACACGAUGCCCGUAG